AUGUUUAGAAAGGUCAUCCCAACAAAUAUUAAAGUCAAUAAUAAUUUAAUUAAAAGUUAUUAUUCAACAAACAACUACAAUGAAAUUAAAAAAAUUAAAUUAAAAAACAAUAAUAACCCAGAAGAUUGGAUUAAAGUUCAUGACAAUGUUAUCAUGAACACUUACGGAAGAGUCCCAAACAUUAUUUUCAAAGAAGGCAAAGACAGUUGGUUAACAGAUAUGAAGAACGAUAAAUAUUUAGAUUUUGGCGCAGGUAUCGCAGUCAAUGCAUUAGGGCACAGUAAUGAUGGAUGGGUCAGAUCUAUUAAAAAACAAGUCGGCAAAUUAACUCAUCUUUCAAAUUUAUAUUAUAACGAGCCAGCUAUCGAAUUAGCAAAAUCAUUAAUCGAUAACUCUCAAUUCUUUGAUAAAGUUUUCUUUGCCAAUACUGGUACCGAAGCAAAUGAAGCCGCAUUAAAAUUCGCCAAGAAAAUUGGUCUCUCUAAAGAUCCAAAUAAAACCGAAAUUGUAGCAUUCACCAACGGUUUCUCUGGUCGUUCAAUGGGCUCUCUCUCUGUUACUCACAAAGCAAAAUACAGAGAAAUCUAUGGUCCAUUAGUACCAGGUGUUCACUUUGCCAAGUAUAAUGAUAUCGAUAGCAUUCAACAAAUCAUCAACAAAAAUACCUGUGCCAUCAUUAUUGAACCAGUUCAAGGUGAGGGUGGUUUAGAAGCUGCCACUCCAGAAUUUAUGAAACAUCUUUACAAACUCUGCAAAAAGAACGAUGUAGUCAUGAUUGUAGAUGAAGUCCAAUGUGGUAUUGGUAGAACUGGUCAACUUUGGGCCCAUUCUAGAUUCGCUAAACACUUUAAACCAGAUAUUAUGACAUUAGCCAAACCAUUAGCUGGUGGUCUCCCAAUUGGUGCUGUUUUAGUCAAUGAUACCAUUGCUGCUGCCAUCAAACCAGGUGAUCAUGGUACAACAUUCGGUGGUGGUCCACUUGUUUGUGCUGCUGCAAACUAUACAUUCAAUAAAAUCGCCAAAAAGAAGUUCCUCGAAGAAGUUAGAGAAAAAGGCAAAUACAUUACCGAUAAACUUGAAGACAUUAAAAGCAAAUAUCCAGGUGUUAUUAGUGAAAUUAGAACUGUUGGUGGUCUUUUCAUUGGUAUCAAGCUUACCCAUCCAGCCUCCAAACUUGUUCAAUUUGCACUUGAUAGAAAAGUUUUAUUAAUUUCAGCUGGUGAAGAUGUAGUACGUCUUUGCCCACCUUUAACUGUUACCUAUCCAGAAAUCGAUCAAUUAAUUACAAUCAUUGAUGAAUAUUCAAAAUUAAAUUCAAAACAUUAA